UGGGGCCGUGUGGGGCCGUGUGGGGCCGUGUGGGGCCGUGUGGGGCGGGGGUCCCGCUCUGAUCCCCAUCCCGGUCCCGAGCCUGGACCCGCUCUCAGUCCUGGUCCUGCUCGCGGUCCCCGUCUUGCUCCAUCCCAGUCCUAGCCCCGAUCCCAAUUCCGGUCCUAGUGCUGGUCCCGGGCGUGUUUCCCGUCCCGCUGGUCGCUCGCCCCCUUCACCCCCGUACGGCUGAGGGCGGCGGGCGAGCCCCUGGGUGGGCUGGUGCUUCUCUGCCCCCCAAAAACACCCAAGGGAGCAUCCAGGGCUGGAUCGUGGGGAUUAGUGACCCUCUGAGGGCCGCCUGUGCGGUCAGUGGUGCCCCCCGAGAGCUUAAAGGGGGAGAUAAAUGGGGCAGGGUUGAGAUAAAUGGGGCAGGAGAUCUUUCUCCUUUUCAAUGCCUUUAUUAGACAGAAUCCGCUCAGGUGGGGAGCAGCCGACGGGUCGCGCCCACGCCGCCGCUGCUCCCAGGCGUGGCACAGAGGAGGAGGAGGAGGAUGGUGCAGCUGUGUCCGCUGGUCUGCAGGCAGAGCUGGGGAUUCCCUCCUCGGGGGAGAGUAGGAAAUUCCGCUUUUUCAUCCUCACAUUCCAGGUCCUCUUUCUAGUUAAGACCUUUUAAGGUUAGGGUGAGAAGUAAAAGGAUCUUAGCAGAUACUGGAUUAAGUUCCUCGUCCUUAGACGUCACUUAGGUCUCUUCAUUCCAUGUUGGCUCGGUUUUUUUCCUGAAACUGAGAGGUGAAUUGCAUUCUCAUCUGCAUACUAGCUCUGGUGUCACUCCCUUCCCCUGCUGCCUGCGGGGUCUGGUAUCACCCCUGGCAAGCAUUAGAGGGGAGGAUGGCUAAUCACCAACAAUUAACAGGUAAUUGAAGAUGAACUCUUAAUAGGUGGCUGCAACAUGCAGGUAACCUUCAACUUAACAGCAAUUGGUUCAACUUCUUUUAACUUUGCAACCUUAAAAAAAAUUUAUAACUUUUUUAUUCGUAACAGGGUGGGGACGCUGGCCGUGGUCCCCCCUCAUGAGGGGUGCAGAGGUUUGAGGUGUCCCGAGGAGGAGCCGAGGUGCUGCUGCUCACCUGCCCCGGGCCCAGGGGCUCCAUCAGGAGGCAGAGAGAAGCCAGGCCGGUGGCACGGCUCUGGGUGGCGGUGAUGUGCUCGCGUCUCGCUUUGUUCUGCCCUGAUCAAAGCCACGCAGAUGGAUUUGUUCUGGUGACUUUCCGUUGUGUUGAGGGUCAGACAAACCUUUGACAGGAUGCUGGGAUUCCUGAAGGAGCCCGUUGUGGUCACUGCACAGAUCAAUGUGAGCCUUGUGGCACUGACUGUGAUGGGAUUGAUCAGUCGUCUCUGGGGGCUUUGCUACCCACGGGCUGUGGUUUUCGAUGAAGUUUAUUAUGGCCAAUUUGUUUCACUCUACAUGAAGAGGAUCUUCUUUGUGGAUGACAGUGGCCCACCCUUUGGCCACAUGCUGCUGGCCUUGGGAGGUUACUUAGGAGGAUUUGAUGGAAACUUCCUGUGGAACAGGAUUGGAGCUGAAUACAGCAUGAAUGUUCCUGUGUGGUCCCUGCGACUCCUGCCAGCCCUGGCUGGUGCUCUCUGUGUGCCUUUAGCCUACCAGAUUUUGGUUGAACUGCACUUCUCCCACUGUGCUGCACUUGGAGCUGCUCUUCUGAUUCUCUUGGAGAACUCUCUGAUCACUCAAUCAAGGUUCAUGCUUCUGGAAUCAAUACUGAUUUUUUUUAUCCUGCUUGCAGUUUUGUCCUAUCUGAAGUUCUACAAUUUGCAGAAGCACAGUGCCUUCUCUGGAAGCUGGUGGUUUUGGCUCCUGCUGACUGGAGUAGCCUGUUCUUGUGCAGUUGGAGUGAAAUAUAUGGGCCUGUUUACCUAUAUGCUGCUCUUGGCUGCUGCAGGACUCCACUUCUGGCACAUGAUAGGAGACCAGACCUUGUCAAAUGUUUCCUUGCUGUGCCAUUUUCUAGCCCGGGCUCUGGCCCUCAUCAUCAUCCCCAUGGGGCUGUACCUCUCCUUCUUCUACGUUCACUUGGCUUUGCUCUAUCGCUCUGGGCCUCACGACCAGAUCAUGACAAGUGCUUUCCAAGCCAGCCUAGAGGGUGGGUUGGCUCGGAUCACUCAGGGUCAGCCCUUAGAGGUGGCCUAUGGCUCUCAGAUCACCCUGAGGAACGUGCUGGGCAAGCCCAUGCAGUGCUGGCUCCACUCUCACACCAACACUUACCCCAUCAGGUAUGAGAAUGGUCGAGGGAGUUCCCAUCAGCAGCAGGUGACCUGCUAUCCCUUCAAGGAUGUGAACAACUGGUGGAUUGUCAAAGAUCCUGGAAUGCAGCAGCUGGUGGUGAGUAACCCCCCACGGCCCGUCAGGCACGGGCACAUCGUGCAGCUGGUCCAUGGCAUCACAACUCGCUACCUCAACACGCAUGAUGUUGCUGCUCCUCUUAGCCCCCACUCCCAAGAAGUUUCCUGCUAUAUUGAUUAUAACAUCUCCAUGCCAGCACAGAACCUCUGGAGAGUGGAAAUUGUAAAUCGCGAGUCUGACACGGAUGUGUGGAAGACAAUUCUGUCAGAAGUGAGGUUUGUUCACGUGAACACCUCUGCAGUGCUAAAGCUCAGUGGAGCAUCUCUGCCUGAGUGGGGAUACUGGCAGCUGGAGGUGGUUGGAGAGAAGCUGUCCAAAGGCUACCACCAGAGCAUGGUGUGGAAUGUGGAAGAGCACAGAUAUGGGAAAAGCCAAGAGCAAAAAGAGAGGGAAGUGGAACUCCACUCUCCCACACAGAUGGACAUCAGUAAAAACCUCAGCUUCAUGGCAAAGUUCACAGAAUUGCAGUGGAAAAUACUUACAUUAAAAAAUGAAGACACAGAACAUAAAUACAGCUCCUCUGCCCUGGACUGGAUCACAAUGGACACCAAUAUUGCCUACUGGCUCCACCCCACCUCGGGGGCCCAGAUCCACCUCCUUGGGAAUGUUGCCACCUGGGUUUCAGCUAAUGCUGCUGCUCUGCUUUACCUGUGUCUGUCCCUGUGGUACUUGCUGCGGCGAAGGAGGAAGAUCUACGACAUCCCUGAAGAUGCCUGGCAGCUCUGGAUGUCAGCGGGAGGCAUUUGUGGUGGAGGCUGGGCUGUGAAUUACCUGCCCUUCUUCCUGAUGGAGAAAACACUUUUCCUGUACCACUACCUGCCUGCUGUCACAUUCCAGAUUCUCCUGAUUCCUGUGGUACUGCAGCAUCUCAGCGAUCAUCUCUGCAGAUCUGUGCUGCUCAAGAGCAUGUUCAGUGCCCUGGUUGCAGGCUGGUUCUCCUCAGUGUACUUUGUGUACUGCACCUUCAGCCCCGUGACCUACGGGCAGCCUGCUCUGUCCCUCCCUGAGCUCAAGGCCCUGCGCUGGAAGGACACCUGGAACAUCCUGAUCAGAAAGCAGUGACCACUCCAGCCUGGUACAGCAAAGGGAAACACCUCUUGUGCAAAGCCAAGGAUUUAUUGUUAGAAUCAUGGAAACCUUAACAGUCACUUCAGGUAUUUUGUAGUAGUCCAGGUCUAAUGGUUACAGGAGAAAAUAAAGGAACGCUGUUACA